GUGCAAAAAUUACUUCUUUUUAUUUUUUAAAAUGAUUUUAUUUUAACCGGUUGAACCGGUUACUGGUUAGAGGCGUCCAUUACGCUACACUUUUGACCUUUCCAUAAAAAGGCGUGUUUGGGGCGCAAUAUAGUACAGUACUAAUUUUCUUACAAGCCAAAAGAAGUUGAAAGAAACAGUGGCGUCCUCUCUGUCUCUCUCUCCUUCUCUUUCUCUCUCUCUACUCUACUCGGUCCAUAUUCUGUCUCUCUCCAUAUAUAAAUUACGCGUAUAUGAUUCUAUAAAACCCCUACAAACUACAGAAAAAUCGAUCGGCUAUAGAGUGGAUUUGACAUACAGCAAUGGCGUCGUUCGUGUCAAAUCUAAUAUUGUAUUCAAUCCACAUUGCUUUACUCUCCACCCUCUGUUUCGCGGCAGACCCAUAUGCCAACUUCAAUUUGGAGCUCUCUUACAUCACCGCUUCUCCGUUGGGUGUCCCUCAACAGGUUAUAGCAGUAAAUGGGAAGUUUCCAGGUCCUACUCUUAAUGUUACUACUAAUAACAAUGUUGUGGUAAAUGUGAAGAACAAAUUGGAUGAAAAUCUCCUCAUUACUUGGCCUGGAGUUCAAAUGCGGCGUUCUUCAUGGCAAGAUGGGGUGCUGGGCACGAACUGCCCAAUUCCUUCAAAUUGGAAUUGGACCUACCAAUUCCAGGUUAAGGAUCAGAUUGGGAGCUUCUUUUAUUUCCCAUCUCUCAAUUUUCAGAGAGCAGCUGGUGGUUUUGGUGGUUUUAUUAUCACUAACCGUAAGGUCAUCCAGCUGCCUUUUAGCACACCAGAUGGGGAUAUUGAUAUCAUGAUUGGUGAUUGGUAUACGCGCAACCAUACGGCACUGAGGACUACCCUCGAUCGUGGAAAAAUGCUUGGGAUGCCAGACGGAGUUCUCAUUAAUGGAAAGGGACCUUAUAGAUAUAACACUACUCUAGUCCCAGAUGACAUCAGUUAUGAAACCUUUAAUGUUGAACCUGGCAAAACUUAUCGGAUUCGUGUGCACAAUGUUGGAGUCUCAACUUGUUUGAACUUUCGAAUUCAGAACCAUAAUCUGCUUCUAGCAGAAACAGAGGGUCAUUACACAAUGAAACAAAACUAUUCUAGCCUAGAUAUCCAUGUUGGGCAGUCUUACUCUUUCUUGGUCACCAUGGAUCAGAAUGCAAGUAGUGAUUACUACAUUGUUGCGAGUGCUAGGUUUGUAAAUCAAUCACUCUGGCAAAGGGUGACAGGGGUUGCUAUCUUGCAUUAUUCUAAUUCAAAAGGGAAGGCAUCUGGUCCUCUCCCUGACCCACCAAAUGAUGUUUAUGACACAUCAUUUUCAUUGAACCAGGCAAGGUCCAUCAGGCAAAAUGGAUCUGCAAGUGGAGCUCGUCCUAACCCACAGGGUUCGUUUCAUUAUGGUUCAAUCAAUGUGACUGAUGUCUAUGUGUUAAAGAGCAGGCCACCAGUAACGAUUGAUGGGAAACUCCGAGCUACAUUUAAUGGGCUUUCAUUUGUCAAUCCUGGUACACCAAUCAGGCUUGCUGACCAUUUUAAUGUGAAGGGUGAUUACAAGCUUGAUUUCCCAAACAAGCCGCUGAAAGGAGCACCUCGGAUGGCCACAUCAGUUAUUAAUGCUACAUACAAGGGAUUCAUAGAAGUCAUAUUGCAGAACAAUGACACAGUAGUGCAGAGCUUUCACAUGGAUGGUUACUCGUUUUUUGUGGUUGGGAUGGAUCAUGGGGAAUGGACUGAAAACAACAGGGGUUCAUACAAUAGGUGGGAUGCAAUAGCUCGCAGUACAACACAGGUAUUCCCUGGGGGAUGGACUGCAAUCCUGAUCUCUCUCGACAAUGUUGGUGCAUGGAACCUCAGAGCAGAAAACCUCGACAGAUGGUAUCUAGGCCAGGAAACCUAUAUGAGAGUCAUCAAUCCUGAACGGACCAACAAAACAGAACUGGGGGUGCCAGAUAAUGUUCUUUAUUGUGGUGCCCUCCGUCAUAAGCAGAAGCCUCAGAAAACCAGCUUUUCUGCAGUAUCUGUCAAUGGACAAUCAAAGCUGCACUUCAGUCUGCUAUGGGUAUUCGCAGCCAUCACAGUUGCCAUUUCCAUUUUACUGUAAGCUGGACUGCUAGUUAAGAGAACAUUGCCAUCCCUGGUGGUGCCAGUGUUGUAGGUAUAUUUUAAUGGGGGAGUAGGCUUCGUUUGGGAUACAGUUUUUAGCGUAAAGUGUUAGAUGUGCAAAGAGAAAUAUUUUAGUACAAAUUUUCGCGGUUUUUAUCCCCAAGAUAGAAAUAUGUGGGCUUAUCAUUUUUCGUGUAUCAAAAUUACAUACUGAUGAUGAUGAACCUGUUUUCGAUACCAUAUUACUGAUUCAUACCCAACUUGAUUGGUAUAU